GGUCUUGUCGCCCCUCCCUCCUUGACAGGUGUCAGUGGGCGGGGCCGCAUAGUCUGCCAGACGGAGUAGCUGCAACAUGAGCGGGGAGCCGGGUUCUGGGCACAGGCCCAUAGUGGAUCUCUCCCAGGAUCUCACUGACUGUAUGGAAGCUCUGAAUCUCUUUUUGAUGAACCAGUUUAAAGAGAGUCUGGAUCUUUUGCAGCCAAGGGCUACAGACAGCCUGUACCAUAGCCUUGUAUAUGCCACCAUCCUAGAGAUGCAAGCCAUGAUGACGUUCGAGCAUGAUGACAUCAUCAGUGCGGGACAGACUAUGAAGCAGGCCCAGGAAAUAUGUCAGAGGUUUAGAAAGAAAUCGUCCAUAAUCAAUAAACUCGGAGCAGAUACCUUUACAGAAGUGGAGUUACAUGCAGAGGUUUGUUAUGCCGAGUGUCUCCUGCAGAGGGCAGCGCUCACUUUCCUACAGGAUGAGAAUAUGAUCAGCUUUAUUAAGGGCGGCAUGAAAGUCCGGAACAGCUACUUAAUCUAUCGAGAUCUGAAUAAUUUAUUGCAGUCUAAUGCUUUCCAGAAGGGGGCAUCACAUGUUCAUCUAGAAGGCGGAGUCUCUCUGGGCACGGGAGCGUUUAACCUGACGCUGUCUCUCUUUCCUCCGCGGAUCCUUAAGUUACUGGAGUUUGCUGGGUUUUCAGGAGAUAAGGAAUACGGGCUUUCUCGACUCCACGAAGGGGCUGCGUCCUGGAACCUGCGCUCCCUGCUCUGCACCAUGCUGCUGCUCUGUUACUAUACCUUCCUCAGCUUCAUCCUAGGUACGGGUGAGGUCAGUGUGACAGAAGCUGAGGAUCUCCUUCGGCCGCACUUAAGUCGUUAUCCCAAGAGCGCAAUCUUUCUGUUCUUUGCCGGGAGGAUAGCGGAGCUUAAAGGCAACAUUGAUGAGGCGAUCCGUUGGUUCGAGGAGGGCUGCUCGGCGCAGCAGAGCUGGAAGCAGUUCCACCACAUGUGCUACUGGGAGCUGAUGUGGUGCUAUGCCUAUAAAGGGCUGUGGAAGGUGGCCUAUUUCUAUGCUGAUCUGCUGAGCAAAGAGAGCCGCUGGUCUAAGGCCAUGUAUGUCUAUAUGAAGGCAGCGUUUCUGAGCAUGUUACCACGUGACGAGCCACGGCCUUUUGGAGAGAAUGAGGUGGAGUUGUUCAGCAGGCUGGUACCAUCCCUAAAGCAGAAAAUCGCCGGGAAAUCUCCUCCCACAGAGAAAUUUGCCAUCAGGAAGGCGAGGCGGUACCAGGCCAAGGAGCCCAUCCCACUGCCUGUCCCUGCGUUGGAAAUGAUGUACUUAUGGAACGGAUACUCUGUACUGGGGAAGGACAGCCGGCUGACAGAGGAGACCCUGACUAUCCUUAGUAUGGCCGAGUCCAACCUGAGCCAAGAACAAGCCUCCGAGUUUCUUUAUGAUGAUAUGUGCUCCAUCCUGCUGCUCAAAGGGCUGUGCCUGAAGCACCUAGGGCGGCUGGAAGAGGCGGAGCAAUGCUUCACCCAAAUAUGCCAUAGUGAGAAGAAGAUUAAAUUUGAUCACUUCCUGGUGCCCAAUGCUCUGCUGGAGCUCGGCCUCCUGUAUGUGCAGCAGCAAAAAGCAGAGGAAGCCAUUGCACUCCUGCGCCGCGCCAAGAAUAAUUAUAAGAAUUACUCUAUGGAGUCACGGACCCUGUUCAGGAUCCACGCGGCUCUGUCCAAACUCAAAGCCGCCGAGUCCGAGGAGAACAGCACAGAUGGUGCCAGCCCUUCCUAAUGGGCACGGAGUCCCGGAGCUGUUGCAUUAUGGGACACCAGGCACCUGUAUCAUACGAGAGGCUGCUCUGUUCUAUGACACGAACAGCACACUGGGCUGCAUAACCCUACAGAGCGCUUCAUGUUUUCCCAGAAUCCUUUUCACCAGUUGUAAAGCAAGGACUUUCAGCUACAAAUGGAGAUGCUUUGCACCCUGCUGCACCUCCUCCUGCUAAUCUUGUUAUUAGCAUUGUCUGUAAAUUCAAUAAAUUGUACAGUUUUGAUUAAUACGG